AUGUCGACGGUCGCGCGCGUCGGUUCGCUCGCGGCGACGAGGGGCGGCAUCGCCCUGCCGUCCUCGCGCGCGCGCGCGAGGACGCGUCGCGGCGGCGUCCGCGUCCGCGCCCCCGUCCCCCGCGCGGCAUCGCGCGGGGGCGACGACGGCGAGGAGAACUCGGGGAAGAAGCGAGAGCGAGAGCGCGGAGAGGGCGGCGACGGCGACGCGGAGACAGACGGCGUCGACUGGAAGGGCGUCUUCGGCGACUCCAUCGACGAGGCGAAGCGGCAGUUCAUGGAACCGUUGGGCUCGCCGAGCGAUUACGUCGACAUGAUGGACGUCCCGCGGCGGAGGAAGGACGAGCGAUCGAAGAAGAACGCGGAGGAGUACGGCGCUCUCGAUCCGUGGUCGUCGAACGCCUUCACGACGUACGGGUUGAUAUCCGUCGCGGUGCUUCUGUUCGUGUUCGUGGUGAUCAUCGGGCCGCCGCCGGACACCAACGGACGGUGCUCGCUGCCGUGGUGCUGA